UGCUUCAUACAUACCUCACUCAGGUCCUGUGAGAGCGUGCUUACAGCAUCUGCGCCGCAGGACAGGAGUCUCGUAUCAGUGCGCGCGGAUCUACUUUCUCGCGCGGAGGAGUCCGGCAGCGCUCCGAGAAGUUGCCCGGAGUGAAUCCGACCGGCCGAAGACGCAGAGAUUCACGAGCUUUCCCUCAGUAUGCUCGUCUAACGGCUCAAGCAACUCAGAGGAACCGAACACGAACACAACUCUUCAUCUGCGCCCCCUCCUCCUCCUCCUCCUCAUCUUCCUCCUCUCCUCUCCGUGAGAAUGGCGCAGAUUCUACCGAUCCGCUUCCAGGAGCAUCUGCAGCUGCAGACGCUGGGAGUGAGUCCAGCCAGCAUCAGCUUCAGCUGCUUGACCAUGGAGUCGGACCGCUUCAUCUGCAUCCGAGAGAAGGUGGGCGAGCAGAACCAGGUGCUGAUCGUGGACCUGAGCGACCCGAGCGAGCCGAUCCGCCGGCCGAUCACGGCAGACAGCGCCAUCAUGAACCCGGCCAGCAAAGUCAUCGCUCUGAAAGAUGCGGCGCGGACGCUGCAGAUCUUUAACAUGGAGAUGAAGAGUAAAGUGAAGGCUCACACUAUGACGGAUGAAGUGCUGUUCUGGAGGUGGAUCUCGGUUAACACCAUCGCCCUGGUUACGGACACGGCCGUCUAUCAUUGGAGCAUGGAGGGAGACUCUCAGCCAAUCAAGGUGUUCGAUCGUCACGCCAGCCUCGCGGGAUGCCAGAUCAUCAACUACAGAACGGACGAGCAGCAGAAGUGGCUCCUGCUCAUCGGGAUAUCAGCGCAGCAGAAUCGGGUCGUCGGUGCCAUGCAGUUGUUCUCUGUGGACCGGAAGGUUUCUCAGCCCAUCGAGGGUCACUCGGCUGCGUUUGGACUUUAUAAACUGGAGGGAAACCCAAACGCUUCCACGCUCUUCUGCUUCGGCGUCAGAGGGCAGGCUGGAGGAAAGCUGCACAUCAUCGAGGUCGGUCAGCCUCAGGCCGGUAACCAGCCGUUCACUAAGAAAGCAGUGGACGUGUUUUUCCCUCCUGAAGCGCAGACGGACUUUCCUGUGGCCAUGCAGAUGGGGACUAAGCACGGCGUCAUCUACCUCAUCACUAAAUACGGUUAUUUUCACAUGUAUGAUCUGGAGUCGGGCGUGUGCAUUUACAUGAACCGCAUCAGCGCUGAAACCAUAUUCGUCACGGCCGCUCAUGAGAGCACAUCCGGGGUCAUCGGGGUCAAUAAGAAGGGGCAGGUACUGUGUGUGUGCUUGGAGGAGGAGAACAUAGUAAAUUACGUGGCUAACGUGCUGCAGAAUCCCGAGCUGGCGUUACGUUUAGCGUUACGCAGCGAUCUCCCCGGAGCCGAGGAGCUCCUGACACACAAGUUCAACACGCUCUUCUCUCAGGGCAGCUACACCGAGGCGGCCAAAGUCGCUGCGUCGGCUCCCAAGGGUGUGUUGCGAUCGGCAGAGACCAUCCGGCGGUUCCAGGCCGUCCCGGCGCAGGGGGGCCAGCCAUCUGCGCUGCUGCAGUAUUUCGGGGUCCUGCUGGACCGCGGGCAGCUCAAUAAGCUGGAGUCGGUGGAGCUCUGCAGGCCGGUGCUGCAGCAGGGACGAACACAGCUGCUGGAGAAAUGGCUCAAAGGAGAGAAGCUGGAGUGCUCGGAGGAGUUGGGUGAUCUGGUGAGGGCCGCUGACAUCACUCUGGCCCUCAGCGUUUACCUGCGAGCGAAUGUUCCUGCGAAAGUCAUCCAAUGCUUUGCUGAGACGGCUCAGUUCCAGAAGAUAGUGCUCUAUGCUAACGGAUGCUGGUUGGUGAAUUUCUUCGGCUCUCUGUCUGUGGGCGACUCCGUCGAGUGUUUAAGGGUCAUGUUGGCCGCAAACCUGCGUCAGAACCUGCAGCUGAGCGUUCAGAUCGCCACCAAGUACCACGAGCAGCUGGGAACGCAGACACUGCCCAGCCCUACCUUACAAGUAGUAUCGAAGAUUCACGUUUUUUUUUUUCUUCUCAUCGUCUGUCAGUGGUUGGUGAAUUUCUUCGGCUCUCUGUCUGUGGGCGACUCCGUCGAGUGUUUAAGGGUCAUGUUGGCCGCAAACCUGCGUCAGAACCUGCAGCUGAGCGUUCAGAUCGCCACCAAGUACCACGAGCAGCUGGGAACGCAGACACUGGUGGAGCUUUUCGAGUCCUUCAAGAGUUUCGAGGGUCUGUUUUAUUUUCUGGGCUCUAUCGUGAACUUCAGUCAGGACCCCGAUGUGCACUUCAAGUACAUUCAGGCGGCGUGUAAGACGGGGCAGAUCAAAGAGGUGGAGCGCAUCUGUCGAGAGAGCAGCUGCUACAACGCCGAGCGCGUCAAGAACUUCCUCAAGGAAGCCAAACUCACAGAUCAGCUUCCUCUCAUCAUCGUGUGCGACCGCUUCGAUUUCGUCCACGAUCUUGUGCUCUACCUGUACCGCAACAGCCUGCAGAAAUACAUUGAGAUCUACGUACAGAAGGUCAAUCCCAGCCGGCUGCCGGUGGUGGUCGGGGGUCUGCUGGAUGUCGACUGCUCCGAGGACACCAUCAAGAGUCUGAUCCUCGCCGUACGAGGAGAUUUCAGCACUGACCAGCUGGUGGAGGAAGUGGAGAAAAGAAACCGACUGAAGCUGCUCUUGUCUUGGCUGGAAUCUCGUGUUCAGGAGGGCUGUGAAGAAACUGCUACCCACAAUGCAUUGGCAAAGAUCUACAUAGACAGUAACAACAGUCCUGAGCGCUUCCUCCGAGAAAACCUGCACUACGACAGCACCACCGUGGGCCGAUACUGCGAGAAGAGAGACCCGCACCUCGCCUUUGUGGCCUAUGAGAGAGGACAUUGUGACCUGGAGCUCAUACAGGUGUGCAGUGAAAACUCCCUGUUUAAAAGCCAGUCGCGGUAUCUGGUGCGACGAAAAGAUCCCGAUCUUUGGGCUCGAGUUCUGCAGGAGACGAACCCCUACAGACGGCCGCUGAUAGAUCAGGUGGUUCAGACGGCUCUGCCGGACACGCAGGAUCCAGACGAAGUGUCUGUGACGGUGAAGGCGUUUAUGACGGCCGAUCUGCCCAAUGAACUCAUUGAACUUCUGGAGAAGAUCGUUCUGGAGAACUCCAUAUUCAGUGAACACAGGAACCUGCAGAACCUGCUGAUCCUGACGGCCAUCAAAGCGGACCGGACGCGGGUCAUGGAGUACAUCAACCGGCUGGACAAUUACGACGCUCCUGACAUCGCCAACAUCGCCAUCAGCAGUGAGCUGUACGAAGAGGCCUUCUCCAUCUUCAAGAAGUUUGACGUCAACAGCUCAGCGAUACAGGUUCUGAUCGAGCACAUGGGGAAUCUGGAGCGGGCGUAUGAGUUUGCGGAGCGCUGUGCCGAGGGCUCGGUCUGGAGUCAGCUGGCUCAGGCUCAGCUUCAGUCCGGUCUGGUCAAAGAGGCCAUCGACUCCUACAUCAAAGCUGGCGAGCCGUCGGCGUACAUGGAGGUGGUGGAUGCUGCCAGCAGAAACGAGAACUGGGAGGAUCUGGUGAAGUUUCUUCAAAUGGCGAGAAAGAAAGCCAGAGAGUCGUACGUUGAGACGGAGCUCAUCUUUGCUCUGGCUAAAACAAACCGUCUGAGCGAGCUGGAGGACUUCAUCAACGGCCCCAACAACGCUCACAUACAGCAAGCUGGCGAGAGAUGUUAUGAAGAGGGUAUGUUUGAAGCGGCCCGGCUGCUGUUUAAUAACGUGUCUAAUUUUGCUCGCCUGGCGUCCACACUCGUUCACCUCGGCGAGUUUCAGGCGGCUGUUGACAGCGCGCGAAAGGCCAGCUGCACACGCACAUGGAAAGAGGAAGCGAUGCAGUUCUCCGCUGAGUCUCAGGACGGCGCUCAGUCUCAGGAUCUCCUGCGCUGGUUUGUUGAGGAGGGGAAGCGCGAGUGUUUCGCCGCGUGUCUCUUCAGCUCCUAUGAUCUUCUGGCUCCUGACCUGGUCUUAGAGCUGGCCUGGAGACACGGCCUCGUGGACUUCGCCAUGCCGUACUUCAUUCAGGUGACGAGGGAGUACCUGAGCAAGGUGGAGGAAUUAUCCGGACAGGUGAAGGUGGAUAAACUGCAGGAGCAUGAGGACAAGAGAGCACCUGAAGACCAGACUCCUGAAGCCUCCUCCAUCGUCUAUGCUGAUGCUGAGUGGCAGUCAAACACCCGUCAAUCCUCAGACGGGCUUCCCAGCUUACGGUUUCACUCCUCCGGUGUACGGCUUCAACCUUCAACCUUGAAUUUUCCUGCUAGGAAUUCUGGGAAACGUGUGCCUGUGCUGCAUUCAGGAAGCAUGACGAAGCAUCUCUGCAAUCAAAUGAACACCCAGCGCUACUUCCUUACAUACGUGUGUUGCGUUCACCGCUCAACAAGCUGCUCGUUAACUUAUAUUUUCAUUUGAAUCUGAUCAGAUCGCGCUGAUGAUGAGAGGAAGGACACUAAACCCGAACGACACUAGUUAGGGUGAACAAUACAGUAUUUGUAGUGACAAACUCAUUUCUUGGUUCUUUUGUCCAUUCUCGUCUGUUUUUAAUCGUUUGAUUCUGCAGCAUUAACUUUGUUUACGUUUCAAGCGGUACUAAAUUUCAGUUUUACAAUGUGAAAAUCUCACCAUCAGUGAUGAGCACAACCAAACGUCUGUUUAUUUAACACUAGCUUGAUGUAGCUGUUACUUGCUCAUGAUUAUUGAAGCUUUUUCUGCUGCUGUUCAUCAUCCAUGUUACUGCAAGCCAUAUGCACUGUCUAUAUAAUGUUGUAGUCAAAAGAGACAUUAUUUUUUAGGAAAACAUUAUGCAAAAAAUACAAAAAGUGAUGUUUGGGUUGCUCAGUGUGUAGCGACUCCUUCGACUGAAGAGGCACAGAGAAUAAAGUUUACAUGUGCUGUUCAUUCUGUCUCACUCUCAAGUCACUUCAGGUCACUGUCUUUCACGUUGUUCCUGUUUAAUGUGGGUUUUGUGUGUUU